UGUUAAGCAGGUGUCAUCUGUGAAGUCCCUGCUACCGCCUGAGCUGUAAGGAUGGGAAAAUCGACACCCCGGAUGACAAGUCAGGUGAAGUUCCUGACCGGGACUGUAUAUAAACGCCUUGGGCCGCGUCUCUGCCAGAGCUGACAGCAGGGUUACCUCCUGACGUAACCUUGAACCCGUACAUCUUAGAGCAUAUAUAACCUAAAGCUUUUUAUUUAAUAUUUUAAAAAAAAACGGUUUAGCGUUUCCUACGCUUUAAAAAGAGAAUCUAUUUGUGUAAAGACAGGGUGAACCGGAGAAUACGCGGGAAAUAUAAUAAGACAGACAUGGUUGGCUUCGCUGACUUUCUGCUCUGCGCCUCCCUGAUCGCUGCGGCCGGCGGGUUCCCCCCGAACGCGCUGGAAAGCCUCCUGGCCCGGGAGAGGGAACAGGAGUCGUCGGGAAACGGCCCGGGCUUAGAGGGGGCCGUUCGCGGGACCGUUAGAGUGGUGAAGGUUAGUCCCCAGUUCCUCCGGCAGUCGGAGUUCUUCCGCAGGGGGUCCCACGCCAGGGGCGCCUUGCCUCCGUUCCUGGCGCUGGGCCGGCCGGGGCCCGCUGUCCCCCCCGGCCCGGGCGCUCUGCCGGGUCCCCGGCCCCGCGCCGACGUCAGCGCGGAAGCGGACAACAGGAAGAAGCAGGGUCUCCUCAUGUGGAGAGCGGCCAUCGAGAAGGGCGACAGCGCGAAGGAGACUUUGGCGCUGCCUGUGAACCUGAAGGAGCCCUCCAAGCAGAGCUGCGCCGCCGUGCCCUUCACUCAGGCGGCGGGGACGGGCCCCCUCUCGGCGGCCUGCUCGCGCUGCGGCCCCGCGAAGAGCCGGCUGGUGCUCGUGCCGCUGCGGUGCCUGGGGGCGGUCGCCCACCGGGAGCGGCGCGUGCUCCAGGUGGAGGAGUGCAGGUGCGAGACCCGCAGCGCGGACGACGGCGUGACCUCUCGCGGGACCCCUCACCUCCUGCACUAGACGGCUUCGGCGACGCGCGCUUGUGCCGCAGGGAGGAAAGGCUCCUGUUAUCAACAGUCAACAGCCCCGAACUGCUCCGAGCAAAUUCAUUUCAAACUGAAGUCCAGCGACACGGCUAACAAGUGUCCGUUUUUGACUGUGUUGUAUUCUGUACCUUAACGCUUGAACCGUCCGUGCGUUUGAUCCUGCUCGAGUAGGUUCUCGGAAUUGUUGUCUUUAAUGUCUUUUGUUAGGUGCUGUCUAAAGUUGUACUGACAAUGGAUAUUUUAUCCAGUAUGUUUUAAUGAGCUCAUGACUUGCAGCUUGAUAGAGAUAAGCUGUGAACUUUAAUGGAGUGCCUUAAUAGCUUAAGGUGUAAUACUGUGCGUUUUUCCCAUGUGUGUGGCUCUAUGAAAGCGUAACUGUAGAGCCCCCUUGUGUAAGCUCUUAGCGUUGCAUUUAAAUUGUACAGAAUUUGAGUUCUGUCUGUAUAUUUUGGUAAUGUACUUGAAAUGUUAAGAAAAUGCAAUGCAUUGUUUGUCAUGUUGGGUCGAUGCCAACGCAAAGCACAUUUUAAUGUUCUUCAAGAUGACUUUAUUCUUAAGACGUGUGUCAAAGGACUACGAAAUAUAGGUCUUAUAUGAAUAUAAGGUCUUGUUAA